AUGGCACAAACACCUCAACAACGCAGAGCAAAUGAGCGGUUUGCAAAGACCGAGGCUGCGAAGCGCGGCAAGGCACCAACCACAGUCAAACCGAAGAAGAAUGGAAAGUCACCAGUAUCAGCAAGCUGGGUUGUGAUCCUCGCCUUUGUUGUCUGCGGCGGUCUUCUUCUAGAGCUCCUGCGCAUUGUCCCUGAGCUUUGGUCCACCGUGGCCUCAAUGUUCACCCGCAUCAUCGGGUAA